CUAAAAGGAAGUGGCAAACUCGUGACCAGGCCCGAAACGGCAUUAUAAUAUAGCUAUUCGGCCUUCUCUGUCAGCAGAGAUAUGGAAUCUGUCGGACGCCGGCGUUUCAAGAGGCGGCGUCAACCGGGCAGCCAGGGGGCGAUUCCAGCCUCAAAGCGCCAGCGUUUUGUUACCAUGGAUGGGACAGGUUAUCAGGUAUGUGUUGGUACUAGUCGUGAGGGGAUCGCCGUGGAUUUUAGUAACGGCCAGGGCACAGGGGAAGCUCCCAGCAGUAGUUUUACCCCCAUGAUCUCCUCUUCGCCACAAAUACAAAGGUGGAAAGGGAAAAGGAGAAAAGGUUCAGGUUUGAAGAAUAAAAAGAGGGAAAAAAUCGAGCUGGAAGGUCAAUAUGUAGACUUUUCAAAGCCAGAGCAAUUAAAAGGUGUAUUCAAUAAUCCAGUUGGCCAUCAGGUCUCACUUUUGGUAAAUAAUCCCUCUCUCACAAAAUAUAUGAAUUCAUCGUCUUCAGAUUUCACAAGUGUUUCUAUGAUGAUGAAGCUUUUUGACAACACUCUUUUUUGUAAACAUGAGGCGCUUUGUAAAAGAUCUCAAUCAGAAGUCAUUCCAAAGCUCUUUGAAAACCGUGGCUUUCUUGAGGCAGUGAGAUAUCAUCUUUGCUGCUUGCCAGGGAGAGCCAGUAAUCAAGAAAGGGUUAGUUCUGUGUUUUUCAUUGAACAGCUCUGUAAAUUGUUCAAGCUUCUCUUGUCCUCUUGCUACGUUGAUUUAGCAACUGACAUUCUUCCAGUAGACACACUUUUGGGAACCACUGGGCAGCUUUCUAGCCAAGAGUUGCGUUUUAAAGUGCUGCAUGAUAAGGCCACAGAAAUAAUACAAAUGAGGGACAAAGUGAGACAAAUCAAAUAUAAUGUGUCAGAAACUAAGGAAGUGGCAACAGAUGUCGUUGUCCUCCCAACCAAAGCAGAGCUUCAGACGAACACUUUACCUGCUAAUCUUCAGCGUAAUGUUAUUAAUGGGCCAUACACCAGUGAGCUUCAAUAUCUUAAUAUACAAUAUUGUUUGUUGCGGGAAGAUUUCAUACACCCACUACGCUGUGCUAUACAUCAAAUUGAAUCAGAUGAAGAGGAUUCCCACAAGGUGAAGUUUUAUGAUGCUACUAUACGUAGC